UGUAUUUGAAAUAUUCCAAUUUUUUCCAGGGAUAAAACCAGUUCAAACGGGAUCAAAAGAAAGGCACAAUGACGACGAAUUAUCCAGCUCUAGCCAGAAUAUGCAUCCCCCAACGCUACGUGCUGACCAUUAUGGGCUUCCUGGGUGUGGCCAAUGCCUACAUAAUGCGCGCCUGUCUCAGCAUAGCUAUCACCAAGAUGGUCUCCCAGAACGCGACCAGUUUGGGUGGUGACAAGGUUGUCAACACUGAGGAGUGUCCUGUCAGCAAGCCAUCCAGGGUGAAUGACACCAGCGGGGGAUAUCAUGUAGGGGAUUUCGACUGGGACCAACCCACACAGGGCUUCAUUUUGGCGGCGUUCUACUGGGGCUACAUAAUCACGCACAUACCGGGGGGCAUUCUGGCGCAGAGAUUUGGGGGCAAACACACACUGGGUCUGGGCAUACUGUCGACGGCCGUCUUCACCAUACUGACGCCAUAUGCGGCCUACAAGGGCGUGUGGCCCUUGAUCACACUGAGGUUCCUCAUGGGGCUGGGCGAGGGCACAACGUUUCCUGCCCUGAGUACGUUACUGGCUCAAUGGGCUCCACCUUUCGAGAGGAGUAGAAUGGCUGCUUUCGUUUUUGCAGGCGUUCAAAUCGGCACAGUGAUCUCGACAGCAUUGAGCGGCAUCAUUUUAGAGUACGGCAGCUGGCCGGAUGUGUUCUACCUGUACGGCGUGGCCGGUCUGGUAUGGUUUGUCGUUUGGUGCGCCAUUUGCUAUAACGACCCGUUCUCACAUCCGUUCAUCACUGACGAUGAAAAGGAGUAUCUGCAACUCUCUAUCGGCCAGUUGGAGCAGAAAAAGUCACUUGGAGGAACACCCUGGUCGCAAAUUCUAACAUCGGUUCCGGUGUGCCUGUUGAUAGCGGAAGUCGGCCAUGUGGGUUUGUACACCAUGGUCACAGAUCUACCCAAGUAUAUGAGUGACGUCAUGCAUUUCAACUUUGCUGAGAAUGGAAUCCUGUCAGCUAUACCCUACUUGGUGAUGUGGUUCGUCUCUAUCUGCUCAGGAGUAAUAGCUGGGGUCUUAGCCAAUAGACUAUGGGGAGUCACUACUUUACGGAAGGUUCUGGCUACCAUUGGUGGUGUGGGCCCAGCAGUAGGAGUAGUACUAGCUUCGUACGCAGGGUGUGACAAAACCCUAGUCUCAGUUCUGUUUGCGGUUGGAAUGGGUUUGAUGGGCUUCUUCUACGCCAGUCUGCGGGUCAACGCCCUCGAUUUGAGUCCCAACUUCUCGGGAACCAUAAUGGCGCUGUCAACGGGUCGGGCCGCUCUGUCCGGAAUGGUCACGCCGACCUUGGUUGGCCUGCUUACUGAAAAUAAAACCCUGGGAGAAUGGCGUGUAGUAUUCUGGAUAAUGGCGCUGGUGCUGAUUGUCACAAACUUUGUGUUCGUCUUCUUUGGUUCGGGCGAACUCCAACCCUGGAACGAACCCAAGCCAAAACCAGACGCCGAAGCAAACAAUGAUCCAACCACGCAUGCGCGUGACACAAGAAACGGCACGUUCAGCAAUAAUGGUCAUCUGGAAACAGGAACAACUAAAAACGGAAUCAGCGAAACUAACGGAAUGCGGAACUAACAAACAAGGCUUUUGAGAUUCUGUCGAAUGACUUCAUUUAUGUAUAGUGAGACUUACUUUAAACUGCCAGCAUUGGGUAGAUGGGAAGGAUGGAAUUCACUUCAUCAAGAUGUCAGUUGAUCAAUAGAUAGGGAGAUGUCCACUUCAUGAAGAUCUCAGUUGAUCAAUGUGAAGGGUGACGUCUACUUCAUCAAGAUGUCAGUUGAUCAAUGUGAAGGGUGACGUCCACUUCAUCAAGAUGUCAGUUGAUCAAUGUGAAGGGUGACGUCCACUUCAUCAAGAUGUCAGUUGAUCAAUGUGAAGGGUGACGUCCAUUUCAUCAAGAUGUCAGUUGAUCAAUGUGAAGGGUGACGUCCACUUCAUCAAGAUGUCAGUUGAUCAAUAGAUAGGGAGACGUCCACUUCAUCAAGAUUUCAGUUUAUCAUUGGGAAGGUUGGCAUCCACUUUGCCAAGAUCUCAGUUGAUCAAUGUGAAGGUUGACAUCCACUCCACCAAGAUCUCAGUUGCUCAAGAUCAGCCUGGGUUUUUUAUUUCAUACUUCCAUCAUUGACUGAAUGGGAAUGGUGACAUUCACUUCAUCAAGAUGUCAGUUGAUCUACAAUCAGCCCGGGUAUUGACAACUUCAAUAGGUCCAGUGUUCAGUUUGUCAAGUUCAAGUUACUUUCAGAAAGUCCACUGACAGUUUAAAGUGGGUCUCACUGUAUAGAUGACGUCAUUUGAAACGCUCCAUCAAGUUUUUCUCAACUUGUGAGAAGUUAUUAAUUUUGUAAAUAAUACUGUGAGCUAAGAACGUUGAAUUCCUAUUAGUGAUGAUGCACCUAGAUUCUCUUAGGUGUGAUACUUAUAAACGUGAAUAAUUAUAAUAAUUAGUCAUUGCAAGUCUGUGAUUGUACUUAGCGAGUAAUUAGAAAAAAUGUAUUGUAAAAAAUAUAUUAGAAAUGUUGAAAACCUCAAAAUAUUGAUGUGAAUGUUAAUACUAUAAUGUUACAAAUAAUAUUAUUUUUGUAAUAUUAAAAUAAUAUUGAAUUCAGACUGUCAGCAUUGGGAAGCAUUUAUGAGCAAUCAGAGUUUAAAUUUU